UCGCGGGCCGAUGACGCGCAGGCGGAGCCGCUACUUCCUGGAUCCGCCGGCCGGGGCCGCUGCCGCACCCUGCGCCGGAGCCGGGAACCUGCGGCCGUCGCCAUGUCCCACCAGACCGGCAUCCAAGCAAGUGAAGACGUCAAAGAGAUCUUUGCCAGAGCCAGAAAUGGGAAAUACCGACUUCUAAAAAUAUCGAUUGAAAAUGAGCAACUGGUGGUCGGGUCCUGUAGUCCGCCUUCAGAUUCCUGGGAACAGGAUUACGAUCCCUUUGUCUUGCCCCUGCUGGAGGACAAGCAACCGUGCUAUGUGUUAUUCAGGUUAGAUUCUCAGAAUGCCCAGGGAUAUGAGUGGAUAUUCAUUGCAUGGUCUCCAGAUCAUUCUCAUGUUCGUCAAAAAAUGCUGUAUGCGGCAACAAGAGCAACUCUGAAAAAAGAAUUUGGAGGUGGCCACAUUAAAGAUGAAGUGUUUGGAACAGUAAAGGAGGACGUAUCACUACAUGGAUAUAGAAAGUAUCUUCUCUCCCAGUCUUCUCCUGCCCCUCUGACUGCAGCGGAGGAAGAAUUAAGGCAGAUUAAAAUCAGUGAGGUACAAACUGACGUGAGUGUGGACACAAAGCAUCAGACACUACAAGGAGUAGCAUUUCCUAUUUCUCGAGAUGCCUUCCAGGCUUUGGAAAAACUGAGUAAGAGACAGCUCAACUAUGUGCAGUUGGAGAUAGAUAUAAAAAAUGAAACAAUAAUUUUGGCCAACACAGAAAAUACAGAACUAAAAGAUUUGCCAAAGAGGAUUCCCAAGGAUUCAGCACGCUACCAUUUCUUUCUGUAUAAGCAUUCCCACGAAGGAGACUACUUAGAGUCCGUAGUUUUUAUUUAUUCAAUGCCCGGAUACACGUGCAGCAUAAGAGAGCGGAUGCUGUAUUCCAGCUGCAAGAGCCCUCUGUUAGAUAUUGUAGAAAGACAACUGCAGAUGGAUGUGAUCAGAAAGAUUGAGAUAGACAAUGGGGAUGAACUGACUGCAGAUUUCCUGUACGAUGAAGUCCAUCCCAAGCAGCAUGCACAUAAGCAGAGUUUUGCUAAACCAAAGGGUCCUGCGGGAAAGAGAGGGAUUAGAAGAUUGAUUAGGGGUCCAGCGGAAGCAGAAGCCACUACUGAUUAAAAUUGUCUUAUUAAAUGUUGCAAUAUAGUUUUGUAAGAUUUCCAGCUUUUAGUACAAGGAGAACUGAAAUCAUUCCAUGUUGAUAUAGUUGGGAGGAAAAUUGUA